AUGGUCAAAGUUGCAGUUGCAGGUGGCACCAGUAGCGUUGCGCGUGAGGUCACAGAUGCUAUUAUUUCUCAUGGCCAUGAUGUUGUAGUCCUAUCCAGAAAACAAAUAAACUACCAGGACCCGAAACAAUUAGAGCAAGCUCUUCAAGAAGUCCAUACUUUGCUAUCAUUCAUCGUUAUAACAGACGAUCCGUCGAGUACGACACAGAAGAACCUCAUCGAUGCUGCUGUUCGAGCGGGCGUAAAGCGAUUUGCACCUAGCGAAUGGGCUACUCUGGAAUAUAUGCCCUGGUAUGCCUUCAAAGACGAGACCCGGCAAUAUCUGGAAGAACUGAAUAGGGAGCAUACAGUCCUCGAGUAUACCUUGUUUCAACCAGGGUUGUUUAUGAAUUAUCUCACGCAUCCCUUCAAAUCUGCAGAUCAUCUCCACCAGACCGAACUUCCAUUCGAUUUUAAUAACCGACGGUUCAUUGUGCCAGAAAACUACGAUAAAAUCUAUAUCACGCUCACAAAGGUGCAAGACCUUGCACAGGUUGUUGCUCGGGCUGUUAGCUUCGAAGGCAAAUGGCCUGUUGUUGGAGGCGUCAAAGGCACUGAUUUGUCCCUGCAGCAAUUGAUUGCCCUUGGGCAGAGAAUCCGCAGCCCCGGUGGCGAGCCAUUCCAGGUCGAGACGGUGAAGCUACAGGAUUUACAGAGAAAGGAAUGGUCGGCAUCUUGGAUACCGAAAGUCAGUCAUCCUGCGAUACCCCCUGAGUUCGUGAGCGAGACGCUCUCACAAAGCGUGGUUUCAGGCAUGUUGCUGGGGAUGUCUGCUGGGUGCUUCAAGGUCUCAGAUGAAUGGAAUCAACUGCUUGGAUAUAAGUUUACUUCAGUUGAGGAAUUUUUGGUAGAGGCUUGGGCUGGUAAAGCAUAG